AUGCGCAUCUUUGCAGCUGCCGUCCUGGCUCUGUGCGCGCCCGCAUGGGCAGCAUCGCCAUCCUCCGCGUUGGCUGAUCUCGCGCUGGAAAAGGUCCUCCGCGACGCCGCGCCCAUCUUCGGGAUCUACAACCAGACCACGAGAACCAACACUUCGGAAUGGAUGAAGAACAUCCCCGACGACACGCCCAUCGCGCUGGCAACGCAGCAGGCCCUCGAUGGCAUCACCAGCCAACUCAACGGCGAGGCAGUGCCGCCGCCCGAGAACUUGCGCUGCCAGGAUCGCUCCCCGGUGGACAUGCUGAACGCCGGAAUCCGCGUCUUUGACCUGCGCUAUGCCUUCGAUGCCACCAAUUCCACCAUCGUCUUCUACCAUGGUCCCGCUCUCCUCUCCGAGACGGCCACUCUCGAGGAUCUCCUCUUUGGCUUCUACCGCUGGCUCGACGACCACCCGUCCGAAGCCGUCUUCCUGUCACUGCAGUACGAGGCCGGCACGGCGCAGCAUGCCUCCAACAAUGCCGCUGUCCAGCAAAAACUCCUCGACAUCCUGACGUCCGACCACGCCCGUCGCUACUUCGUCCAGACACAGAACGAGUUCGGUACUCUGGGCCAGGCUCGCGGCAAGAUCACGCUGCUGCGCCGGUGUGACCUCGACCAGCUGCCCGCCUCCGCGUCAGCCUCCUUGCCCGGAAUUCAUUUCUCCCCAACCCUCUGGACAGACAACUCGCCAAAUAUUACGCUGGUGUACAACACCCAAAAGAAUCUGACGGCAUACAUCGAGGACUACUACCAGCCGCUGACUCCUCAGGGGUCGUCAGCCGCCCUGAACAUCCAGUGGAAGUACAACGCCACGACAGCCAACCUCCUCCGUGCUGCCAGUGACGAGCAUCCCGACAGCCUGUUCUGGACCUUUGCUUCAAGUGAAAACACCGCCAAUUCGCCGCCCGAUUUUCCCCGUAUCAUGGCCCUGGGCAACGGGACACAGUCGACGCCCAAAGGCGGCAUCAACCAGCAGUUGGUCCCUUUCCUGAAGGGCCUUAAGGGGAAGCGCGUGGGCAUCGUCAUGUUUGAUUUCUAUGAGCAACCAGGCGACCUGGUUGACACACUGCUGAGUUUGUAA